UUUUUAUUUCUUUUUUCUCAACUAAUUAAAUCAUAAUAAUAGUUCAUGGCUAUAAAACUCCAAUUUCAACCAUAGUUUAGGGUUUCCAAUUCCUUCGAUUUUUGCUUUUCAUGGACCAAUAUAAAAGAUUUUGGUAAUUUGGACCAUGAUACUGCUGGAAUGAUAGUUGAUGUUCUUGAUCUUGAUCUCACUGGAUCUUUUGAAGAAUUCAAGGGAUAUUAGCCAUGGAUUUGGAGAGUGAAUGUUCAGCUCUUGAAUCUGUAGAAGAUAAUGAGGUUGUGGUAACUCAAGGAACUGUAUCUCGUGUUGAUGAUGACUCUGUUAAGAAUAAUGGAUCUUGCUCAAAUGAGAUUAACAAGUUGGAUGGUAGUGGAAGUCAUGAUGCUAAUAAUAUAGAGCUAGUUGGUAACCAUGAAAAGGAUGUUGACAGUGUGCAACCGUGGGAUUCACCUUCAUUGGCAAUGAAAUCCCCAGCUGGAGUUUCACCUCCAAUGACGAAAGGGUAUGGACUUAGGAAAUGGAGGCGAAAGAAGAGGGAUGUUGUUAAGGAUGCUGGAACCAGCGUGGAUAGUAGUAAAGUUUUGAAGCGGGGUUUGUCUGGUUCUGGAAAUCCAACUAAACCAGUACAUAUGUCAUCGGCAGAGGCCAGGCAGAAUAGUGAGGGUUCUGUUGGAUCUGUAACUGUGAUGAAAAAUGUGGGUAGUCUUGAUGCCUUUGCAACACGUGGCUCUAGUUUAGAUUCUAGGUUUGCGGUUGGAUCUGCUUUUAUGGCUGGUACAGAUUCUGAGAACAGUGAGGACCGAAGUAGCAAGUCUUCUACAGCAGCCAGUGCUCCAAAGAUGAGAUAUGAAUCACCUGCUAUAUCGGGUUAUGCAAGGGAGAAGAAAUGGAUGAAGAAUUUGAGCACAAAGGGUGUGAGUAAUUCUACUCAACGGGUUCAACAAGGAAAGAGUUGGGCUGAAAGCAGUAAGAAGCCUAGAGGAGAAAAGGUCAAAAUCGAGAAAGAAAACUCUCAUUCCAGCAUGGAAUCUGACUCGAGAAGCUCAAACUUUGUCUUUAUGCAGGGUACCUUUUCUGUGACUAGUAACGGAAAGCAGAGUGGAAGGUCAAUGCAUUAUGAUGGGGAAAAUAGUGAUGACGCUCAUGAACAAGGUGAAGAAGUUCAAACUGGUUUCACCAAGGAGAAUGUCGGAGAAGCUGAAGAUCUUUUGCAAGAUGAUUUAGCUGCAGACUUGUCUUGGGAUGCUAAGGGAGAGAAAAGUGAGAACCGCCGUCUCUCAACAGAUGAGGAUCCCUUGGUUGAGUCUAUCCUUACCCUUCAGUCUGUGCAGGAAGCCCUUGAAAAAGAGGUUCAGAAGUUUGGGGAGAUUGGGAAGGAUGCCACAUCACUGCAUAACAAAUCAUUUAAGGGUAGCAGCAAACCUGCGGAUUCCACUUUUACAGAUCCAGAAAUCCAUGGACCUAAUUCUUCCGCUCAAUUGGGUUCUGAAAAUAUUAGAGAAAGUGCUACAAGUUCGUUCGAAAUGCAGGUAUUAAGCUUAACACAGAAGGUUGAAUAUUUAGAAAGAAAACUGGAAGAGGCAAGGGCUAUGCUGGAGGUGAAAGAUGCGAGGGUUGCUGAACUAGAAACCACUGUAAACAGUAGCAAGCCACUAAAGGAAGAGUCAGGGAGCACUAUUGAUUUGCAGCCAGAAAAAUGUAGAGAGAUGGAGACUGAACUUGAAGGUCUCUUUCGGCAAAAAAUUGAGGCCGAAAUUGAGUAUCUGGCACUAACAAGGACUAUAGAGAAGGUGAAAAUUGCUGCAGGUGAUCCCAUUACACUCUUUGAAGAGCAAGAAACUUUAGUCGAGGAGCAAACACAGAUGCUAAACAAGCUUGGAGAAGCUGAAAGCAAGGCAGCAGUACUGAAGAAACAAGCGGAAAAGUUGGAAAAACAUUGUGGAGAUAUUUUGGGGACUGAUGCAGUUUUGAAGAUGCAGAAGGGAAUAUUUAAGGUUACUUCUUGUUUUCUCAUACAGUUUAUAUUGCUGGUCUUAGUAUUUUGGCUGUUUCUCUCAGAGUUGUCACCCCAUCCUGGGGUGGUUGUACCCACCUAAGCUUCGAGAUGGGUCCUUUUUGUGUAAUUGCAACAUUUUAGGCCAAGAUUUGAAUAUUAGAUUUCAUUGUUGUUAUAUAGAACCGUUUUGUUCCUUUUCA